AGUAUGAUGGGCCCAGAGGCCCAAAUAAAUAGGAAGAAGAUAGGAAAGGAGACGAGAGUGUUAUCCACUCCUCUGUUCGGAUUUCUUUUCUCCUUCUUCAUUCAGAAAGAAAGAAAUAAAAAAAAUGGCGUAUUUAUCGACUUGCAAUAAUUCAGGGAAAUUGUGCUCCUCAUUUGCACCUUCAACUCUUAAUUUGUCUUCGUUCCAACGCGUCUCUGUUCAGUUCCUUCACACCCACAACCGCAAUUCUUCUUCUAAUUCUUCUUCUUCUUCUUCCACUGCAAGGCCUCUCACUGUCAUUUCCAUGGCUCCUCCUAAGCCCGCUGGUGGUAAAGCCAAGAAAGUGACUGGUAUUAUAAAGCUGGCUCUGGAGGCAGGAAAGGCAACCCCUGCUCCACCUGUGGGUCCGGCCUUGGGUUCCAAAGGUGUUAACAUUAUGGCAUUCUGUAAGGAUUACAAUGCCAGAACUGCUGACAAACCUGGAUAUGUCAUUCCUGUCGAAAUCACCGUCUAUGAUGAUAGAAGCUUCACUUUUGUCUUGAAGACCCCACCUGCUUCUGUUUUGCUGCUCAAGGCUGCAGGAGUGGAAAAAGGUUCGAAGGACCCACAGAGGGAGAAAGUGGGAAAAAUAACUAUAGAUCAGUUGAAGGCAAUUGCUCAAGAGAAGCUACCAGAUCUUAAUUGUUCUACGAUUGAAUCUGCGAUGAGGAUUAUAGCUGGCACUGCAGCAAAUAUGGGAAUUGACAUUGACCCUCCCGUUCUUGAACCUAAAAAGAAAGAACUUGUGCUCUAGUUUUGCCUUCGUGUCUGUGUAAUCUAUCCAGCAAUUGGUAGAAAAGUGGAUUGCCUGGCAGUGUACCUUCAAAUAUUUGUCUCUAUUGAAUAGUCAGCUAUAAAUUUGUUUCAAUUCUUUGGA